GUAAACACAAAAUGUAAACAGAUCAUGCGAGUUGAAACAAGACAAGGCAUUAUUUUAGCUUAAAACGUUUCCCUGUCGACGAAAAUCUCAAAGUUAACAAUAUAGAAGUUGAAAACAUCCGAACAAGACCGAUAAGAAUGUUUACUGAUGAUGACUUUGCAGUCCUAAUGAAAGAAUUGGAUCAACCUCAGAUUGAUGGAUGGGAAUUCUUUACUGAGAGUCACGGAGUUACAAUUUAUAGGCUAUACAAUGAAGAAUCUGGUCUGUAUGAAUAUAAGAUAUAUGGAACUUUAUCAGAUGUACUACCAGAAAUCUCAGCUGAUGUUUAUAUGGAUUUAGAAUAUAGAAAAGUCUGGGAUUCGUAUGCAAAAGAACUUUACGAAAGAGAAGAAAAUGGAAAGAAAGUUAUCUACUGGAAUGUGAACUAUCCAUGGCCAAUGUCUAAUAGAGAUUAUGUAUACAAGCGUGAGAUGAGAGAAUUAGAACAUAAUGGAAACAAAGUUUGGAUAGUAAUGGCAGAAAGUGUAGAAUGUUCAAACAUACCAGAGAAAAGUGGUGUUAUAAGAGUAGACGAUUAUAAACAAAGCUGUGUACUAACAACUGAUGGAAAACAAGGAUCAAAAGCUUUUAUGCGAUACUAUGACAACCCAAAAGGAAUGAUUCCAACAUGGCUGAUAAAUUGGGGAGCUAAGACUGGUGUUCCAUCCUUUUUGACAAUGAUGCAAGAAGCAUGUAGAGGAUAUCCAAAAUACCUAGAAUCAAGGAAUAAUAGCUGAUGGAAAGCAUGCAUAGGCUAUUUUCAAAUUCUAUGUUGAUAUUUUGUGUUCAUUCCAGUACUGAUAAAAAGAAUUAAUGACAUAUUAUAUGUUGUUCUAUAAUGACAUAUACAUUGGUCACAACCCACUGAAUACACUUUUUCAACCUUUCUUGCAUUUAACAUGUAGUUGGUUUAAUAUUUCUGAUGAAAAUGACAAAACCACAACCUAAUGAAACUAAUUUGCAAUAAAUGAUAAUGCUGAAUAGAUACUUUUGAAACCAUAAUAUCUUAAGUAUUCCCAAUUUAUAAGCAUAGAAAAAACUAAAAUUUUCAGCCAUUAAUCACACAUCAGUUUCUUGACUAUCAGACUGAUCAAAUAUAAACAUCAAAUCUUUUCAAACAGCACCAGAUUUUCAAAUUCAGUCAUACCAAACUUCAAUUAAGAACAAUUUUAUGAUCAAACAUGUAAAUAUGUCAGACUGUUUCAAUAUCAAGAUGUUUUUAAUGAAAGCAGACAAAAAAAUAGUUACUGUGACUUACACCAUAGAUAUGGAUGACUGGUCAUUAUUUCUACUGUUAGAUUGCUGUCUUUUUGAUGUAUACCUCACGUUUCUUUUUGUUGAUAUAGAUUUUAGUAUUUAUUAUUGUCUAAAAACCUUGAUCUUUCACUAAAAAAAACUUUAUCUACAUUCCUUUAAAGAUGAUGAGUGCAAUAUUGUGCUGUAUUUAUGUAUAUAAUAUUUUUAAUAUAUUUGCAGUUUGAAAUAUAGUAUUUGAAACUUUA